UACAAUAUUAAGAGAAUUUAAAUGUUUAAAAUGGCGCGAAGGAUCCAACCUGCUUCUACCUUUAGAAAAUGUUCUUCAUUAGCCUUUGUCCCUCGGCAUUCUCAAUCCAGAAACGAAGAUAUUGAGAAAUUAACCGAGUUUUUGACAAAAUAUAAUAAUAUUUUCCUGCUCACAGGUGCAGGUAUAUCUACUGAAAGUGGUAUCCCAGAUUACCGAAGUGAAGGUGUUGGCCUGUAUGCUACCUCUACUAAGCGACCUAUUCAGCAUAAAGUAUUUAUGGAGAGUUCUAAAGCAAGGCAGAGUUAUUGGGCCAGGAAUUAUAUUGGUUGGCCGAGAUGGUCUAAUUUUCAACCAAAUAUUAAUCAUUUAACUCUCGCCAGGUGGGAGGCUACAGGCAGAAUCAGUCACCUGGUGACCCAGAAUGUUGACCAGCUUCAUCUGAAGGCUGGAAGCAGGGAUAUUACUGAACUUCAUGGAACUAAUUCAGUUGUCACAUGUAUGAGCUGUUCCCACCGAAUGCCGCGCAUGCUUUUUCAACAAAUUCUUUCAGAAGCCAAUCCAAGUAUGAUUCCUAGGUGUGCAGAAAUACGUCCAGAUGGUGACGUUGAACUCUCUGCUGAAGAGGUUACUAACUUCAGAGUUCCUGAUUGUCCUAAAUGUGGAGGAAUAUUAAAACCUUUUGUCGUCUUCUUUGGAGAUAAUGUUCCUCGACCUAGGGUAGACCAGGUCCGGAAAAAACUGUCAAAUUCAGAUUCAAUGUUAGUCAUCGGAUCUUCACUCUACGUAUUCUCUGCUUUUAGGAAAUCAGUUGUAAAAUGUAAUCCUACAAUUUAUUCCAUAUAUUUUACAAUGUAAGAAUUUUAAUAAUGUAGCGUUGCCAUCUACCUUAUUUUUUAAUGCCGCUGAACAUU